GGAAAAUUGAAGGAAAAUGGCAGCGGCCAUAACCCGACAGUAGCUCCUGGCAGCCAAUGGUAAAGUUCUGCUGUAUCCCGAAGCAACUCUUACUGGCUGCUCCCUUCCUGAGGUGCAACAUCCUACAGAAGUUUUAUAGGCGGCUAUAAACACUGAUCGUUAUGUCGGGAAGGCGCACAGGAAGUAAAGCGGCUGUCAUGAACACGUACUCCCGUCUGAUUCCUGUGCGGAAGGUCCAGUUCCAGCCCUGGCUAUCACCGGCAGACCGCAGGCAGUUUUUCACCAGCUCCUCCUCUCCUUCCCUGCUUUCAUCAUCUCGUGAUCCGUCCAGCUCUGGUGACUCUGACUACAGGCCCCCAAAAAGGUGUAGAAAGAAAAGUGUUGCCUGCAAAAGGGUAUCAACGAAAUCGCCAGCAUAUGUAGCAAAAAGGAAGAGGAGAGGUCGAGCAGCUCAGCAGAGGAGCCAAGGAAAGGAGUCGUCCUUGUCACAGACCAGUAGCAAGGGGAAAGGUGUCACUGCUGAAACGCAGAGCUCAGCAAUACAGCCACCAGCUCACCGAGGGGCUUCUUCCGGGUGGCAGCAGAAAAUCUGCAUAACACAGGAAGGGAACAAACAGAGGGAUGACACUGUGUCUAAUGUCACUGCCAGCGACCGAGAAAACCAUGUCCCCUGUGACAGGGUCCAAAGCUCCUCUUUUUCCUUCUCCACUCCAUAUCGAAAGUUUGUUACAAUUCGGCGCAAAUCGCCAGCUCGCAACUUGAGGCUAAGAAAUGGGAGACCACCCAGUGAAAAGGUGCAGCUGAUUUGUAUUUCUUCAGACUCCACCUCUGACUUUGAGACCUGCAGGCGUACACUGAGCAAGAGACGGAAGUUACAUACUGAUGUCAACAACAUUUUGAAUUCCAGCACUGAAACUACUCACAGUCCUCUGCAUAAAGCUCCACUGUUCUCUAGCACUCCUUCUGUUCUGCAGACAGCUCUACCACGGGCAGGAAACACCCUGCUGCAACCAAUGUCCUUGUUUGAAGGUCUGGAGGAAAGUUUGGCAUUUGUGGAGGAAGAGCACUCUCGGGGGCUGGAGCAAACCAUUCAUACUUCUAGAAAGGAAGUGGGUGAAGAUGUCAGCAGACAGGACAGUGAUACUCACAUUUUGACACACACAAUGGAUAUGGAGAAUAUUGGUCAUCAAUUCACUGGUAAUGUAUCAGCUAUGGUUCUUGGAAAAGAACCAAAAGGAAGAUUAAGCCUUCAACCUACAUUACAGAAACUACGAGCUGAGGCCCCAGAAUGCAGAACCUCCCAAUACACACUGUCUUCUGAUUCUCGUUCAGUGCUGUCACCAUCGAGUUCUCGGUCUGUCAUUUGUAUUGAGGAUGAACCAAUAAAGGUGUCACUGGGGUGUCAUACGCAGAAGCACGACAGUGUGUUCUGUGUCAGCUCAGAACUUUUCUCUAAUGCACUUUGGGAUGUGGAGACCCCGCUCCAGAAAAUCGAGAGGGCACCAGUUGAGUGUUCAAAUCUUUGUGACCAGAGGCAGACCCGUUGUCACCAGACCAUGUUUAUUAACCAUACAACUGAUGAUGAGGCAGAAAAGGACCGAUAUAUGUCUGUUUUAAAUGGGGUUUGCACAUCAUCUGUCAGGGGUCCUUAUGUGGAUUCCUUGAUGAUACAGCCAUUUGUUAGACUAGAUCCUGAUGUGGUCAGUCGAUAUUUACAGCAAAGAAAUAGAGGAGCCAUCACAGCUUGUCAGCAGUUUAUGUCAAAGAGCAACAUGGAGACAGAGAGGCCACUGUUGCACUCAGAUAUACGUCUGAAGAUGACACCCGUGGUGUGUCUCGAUGCCAGUGCAGUGACUAAUUACUUUAUGGAGAGGCGGAAAGUGACCAAGGGCAUACCAGCCAUAGACACCAUGUGUUGGGCACAGGAGGUUAGAGGCUACACCCCAGUUGUGCGAAAUAUAGCCAAGACCCCCAGCAUUCACGCUUCUAGUCUUAAGGACUCAAUCCCAUUCUCUUCUGCGCCACCCCCAGAGACAACCAACACUGGGAGAAAAGUCUGCAUCAGUGGAUUUAGUGCCAAGAGGUGGGGACAACGCCCCAAAAAGUCAAAAAAUUGCCAGCAACUGUCUUUCAAAGGGGAUUGUGAGAUUUCUGCACAAAAGUGGAAAAACAUGAGCACAAUACCAGCAGCCCACCGGUUACAGCAGGAUGUCUCUACAAUCAGCGGGCUCUCCUCUUCUCUCUUGCUUUCUACCUCUCUUCUGACAUCUUCAUUCCUGAACUCAUCAGCAGUCAUGAAUCUGAGCCUCUCGCCAGAACCAUUACGUGUGCAGGACCCUCAGAGAGAUCGCCAACGCUGGAUUCGCCUUAGAGCAGCUCUGUCAUUGCACCGCAAAAAGAAAGUUGAGGCUGCACUGCAUUGUGUCUAUCCAGUUGAAAGAAGUGUUCUCCUAAGCUCCCCUUCACCAUGCAACCUGAACUUAUCUCUAACUUUGCAGCAGUCAUCCCUGAUGCUGCUGUCCCCUCAUUAUUCAUCAGUUUGCUCAGAAGAGCUGAGCGACGCAGAGAAGGUUUUUGUCGAGUGCCAGCAGGAAGGGCCCAUCCCAUUCUGUUCUUGCCUAACUUCACAACAGCUUAGUCUGUGUCAAAAGGUUGGAGAAGGAGUCUAUGGAGAGGUGUUUAAGACUCUGAGAGACGGGAGUUGCGUUGCUCUUAAGGUUAUUCCGAUUGAGGGCUCUCAGAAGAUUAAUGGAGAAGAUCAGAAAACGUUUGCCGAAAUUCUUCCUGAAAUUAUAAUCUCAAAGGAGCUCAGCUUAUUGAGUGAAUGUAAAGAGAACAGAACUAGCGGCUUCAUCCGACUUUACUCUGCUCAUUGUGUUCAGGGGACUUACCCCCAAGAGCUGCUGCAGGCCUGGGACAUGUACGCUGAGAAGAGAAGAACAGAAAACCAACGUCCAGCUUGCUAUUUCCCUGACUGUGCCCGUAGUGUAGCUUGCUAUUUCCCUGACUGUGUCGAGAGUGAGGCUUGCUAUUUCCCUGACUGUGUCGAGAGUGAGGCUUGCUAUUUCCCUGACUGUGCCGAGAGUGUAGCUUGCUAUUUCCCUGACUGUGCCGAGAGUGAAGCUUGCUAUUUCCCUGACUGUGCCGAGAGUGAAGCUUGCUAUUUCCCUGACUGUGCCGAGAGUGAAGCUGGCUGUUUCCCUUACUGUGCCGAGAGUGAAGCUUGCUAUUUCCCUUACUGUGCCAAGAGUGGAGCUUGCUAUUUCCCUGACUGUUUUCCCGAGAUUGGAGCUUGCUAUUUCCUCGACUGUGCCCCGGAGUGGAGCUUGCUUAUUUACCUGACUGUGCUAAGAGUGGAGCUUGCUAUUUCCCUGACUGUGCUGAGAGUGAAGCUUGCUAUUUCCCUGACUGUGUCGAGAGUGAGGCUUGCUAUUUCCCUGACUGUGCCGAGAGUGGAGCUUACUAUUUCCCUGACUCUGCCGAGAGUGGAGCUUGCUAUUUCCCUGACUGUGCCGAGAUUGGAGCUUGCUAUUUCCCUGACUGUGCCGAGACUUGCUAUUUCCCUGACUUUGCUAAGAGUGGAGCUUGCUAUUUCCCCGACUGUGGUGAGAGUGGAGCUUGCUAUUUCCCUGACUGUGUCGAGAGUGAGGCUUGCUAUUUCCCUGACUGUGCCGAGAGUGGAGCUUGCCAUUUCCCUGACUGUGCCGAGAGUGGAGCUUGCUAUUUCCCUGACUGUGCCGAGAGUGAAGCUUGCUAUUUCCCUGACUGUGCCGAGAGUGGAGCUUGCUAUUUCCCUGACUGUGCCAAGAGUGGAGCUUGCUAUUUCCCUGACUGUGCCGAGAGGGAAGCUUGCUUAUUUACCUGACUGUGCUGAGAGUGAAGCUUGCUAUUUCCCUGACUGUGCUGAGAGUGAAGCUUGCUAUUUCCCUUACUGUGCCGAGAGUGUAGCUUGCUAUUUCCCUGACUGUGCCGAGAGUGUAGCUUGCUAUUUCCCUGACUGUGCCGAGAGUGAAGCUUGCUAUUUCCCUGACUGUGCCGAGAGUGAAGCUUGCUAUUUCCCUGACUGUGCUGAGAGUGAAGCUUGCUAUUUCCCUUACUGUGCUGAAUUUUGCCUUGGAGGAUCUCCCUUGUCUAAGCGGACUUCUUCUGUUCACCUUGGAUUAGGCUGCGAGUGGAAAAUUCUUCCUUUGGUUUACUCUCCUCCCUCCACAUGUGAUUUGAUGUUUUGGGACUAA